AUGGCGCUGGGUGAGAACAGACCGGUGGAGGUGGAGAAGGUUGAGAAGGAGCAUGAAGAGCUCAAGGCUGAGUACGAUCGACUGCGGUGUUCGAAGCGGCGGUGGCGGGCACGGGAGCAGAAGUCUUGGACUGAGAUUGAAGCAAUCACGUUAGAGAACCAGGCGGUCAAGGACAAUCUCGCAGGGAAUGCAAUUGUCGCCACUGCUCAGAAGGUCGCUUGGAGCGAGGCGAUGGGCGAGCUGUCUCGGAGGAAUCUGGAGCUCCACGGCAGCCUUGCUGCUCAUACGUUGACAGUGGCGCAGUUUGUGCAUGGUCUUGAGCCUGUUGCAGAUGGGCUGAAGGAGGAGCACGAAGUCCUCAAGCGACUUGUGAGAGGCGCAGAUGCAGGUGGCGAGGAUUGA